AUGGCUGGAAGUAGAACGUUUAAGUGCUCUGUGGAGUUAACUGCGCACACGAUUGGUGCCCCUGGAACAAGACUCAGUACAAAGGGUGAUAUUUAUGUUAACAUAUGUUUGCUUGGAGAACAUAUACUUAUUGAACUUGUACAAAUUAGCGUAAAUUCCAGUUACGAUACCGUAGUGCUUGCUAGUUUUGAAACAAGCGCAAAAGAAUUUCUUUAUCCAAAUUCGUACGCUCGUCCUCAGUAUCAUGGUUUAAAACGUUACGUGUUGUUGAGUAGAACAAUCGAUUUUCCCGGUAUCUCUCCUUCUUUUGAGUUUUGUACAACCACUUCGAUUACCGAAAUAACAGGCAUUGAACAGAAUACAUUGAAAUCAAAUAACACAUUUACUAAACGGUCGAAAUCUCCCAAUUUUGCGCAAUCAGCCAAUUUUAAUCGAUCUCGACCUUUAUCUACAUCGAAACGUUUCAUGAAUUCAUCGGUGACGGAUCCUACAAUUUCGUCUGCUGUAAAAAAUGAUUAUGGAAAUCGCGAAAUACAAGAAAAAUUGAAUGAACUGGCUAUUCAGGGUGAGGUGAAACAUAUUGUGCCACUCGAUAAAACAAAUGGUCGACCGCCAUUUGUUGUCAGACAUGUUGAAAAUCGUUUAAUUGGACGACAACCAAAAUCUCAUAUUGUGUUAAAUGAUGGUCUUGUUGUAAAUGAUUUUACUUAUGCUCAAUCAAGACCCGAAAGUGCUUUAUCUUAUUCAUACAAUGAAAAUAAUGAGCGAAGAUCACGUUCUGUCUCCCCAGUUACAGGUCGACAUGUAUCAUUUUCUAGACAUACUUCAUUUCCCGUUCGUAGUCGAUCAUCAUCUUAUUCACGUCCAAAAACAUCUCAGUCACUAGAUUUCGAUGACAGACGUUUAUCACAUUCUCGUACAAGACAUAGCCGGCAACAACAAAAGCGUUCUCGAUCACGAUCAUCAUCACCAAUAAAACAACAUUAUAAUGACAAUGAUAACACAACAUUAUACAAUAGUACUAACUAUCGUAGUAACGAUUUUGAUCAUGAUUAUUAUAAUGAUGGAUCGUACUCUCGUUCAAUAAGUCCAACCUUAUUAAAAAGCUCAUUUCGAAAUCGUUAUGGUUAUUCACCAGCAACUGAUUUGAGUGAUAGAGUUAUAUCAACAUUAAGACGUAAUUUAGACUCUUAUAGUAGUCAACCACGACAUAGGUACUAUUCAGCCUAUCGAUACCAUAAUAAUCAUAUGGAUGACGAUGAACUAAUAGAGCGUAGUCGUCGUUUAACACAGUACUAA